CUUCUCUCAACCCCUCACAGUACCUGUCUCUCAUCUCAUCUCAUCUCAUCUAUCUCUUCACACACUCUCAUCUUAUCUCAAGUCCUCCAUCUCUUCACACCAGACAGACUCAUCUCUACCAACAGUUGUACCAGCAGAGAACACUACAGCUUGAACACAACAUGACCAUGACCACCAGAAUCCUCCUGCUCCUUGCUGUCACCGUCUGCAUCACAGUCGCCCAGCGUGAGUCUACCUCUUUUUACCAUAACUGUAAUUACUAUGUUAUGGAACGUUUAUUACAUGUGAAUAGAAUCUUUACAUUUUUGGACCAUGCUAAUUGUUUUUUGUAUUGCUAUUUAGUAAUUCCAAGUAGCUCGAUUGAACUCAAUUCAUUGUCCACUGAAUCUCUGUAUAGGUUCUGUGAGCCAGCGCUGUUUGUGUCGGAGGGUGCGGAACAGCUUUGGAGCCCCAAACUCUGUUGAGGACAUCCAGAUCUAUCCGCCAACUCCCUCCUGUGACAGGCUGGAGUUCAUGUGAGUAUCUAUAUAUCUUAUCAGUUAUGAUGAGGAUGAUGAUAAUAUGAUGACAUCAAUUAAAAUUAAAACCAUUGCGAGGUAAAUGUGAAUUUAACCAUUUUAUAUCUUGACAGUGUUAGCCUUAAGAAUGGAGUGCAGUACUGCCUGGACCCCAGUAUGAAGAAAGUGCAGAAACUUCUCACUCGCCUGAUGUGAGUCAUGUAAACCUAUUUUUUUCUCUGUUCACCACUUGGGAGUGUCAUCAUUUACCAUACAAAAGUUUAAAUAAUUAUUUAAAGAACUAUCAUUGUUGCAUACAUUUUUUUUAUCAUUUAGUGCAACAGUUUGUUGAGGCCAUAUGAGUGACAGGUGCAUGGGCUUGUCUCACCAUCGUCUCCAAUUGCUUAAUUCACAGGAAGAAGUCUGCUCCCCAAACUGUCACCACUCCAACUGAGGCCACCCCUAAUGACAGCAGCAUUGACUCUGCUGAUAUCUGAUUCCCUGUCUCAGACUCCCUCUAGGACUCUAUAUAGCAGGGUUUCCCAAACUCGG